CUUGAAGAGGUGGGACUCCUGGCCGUGGAAGCUGCAGAAGUCUUUUCUACUUGGGUAAAAUGCUCUGUAAAAUGUCUUAAUAAGUUUCUCCAGCUACCUGACCGUACUGCAAGUAUAUAAAAUACUUUUAGCGCUUUUAGCGACUUAACCAUGUUCCGCUGUUCCGAUGUUACAUUGGGAAACUUUGCGUUUGUAGAGGCCUUGUCAACUGUGUAUUGAUUUAUCAAAACAUAAAUGUAGUUAGUCUGUUGGAUACUUAUUAGUGGUUAGUUCGCAGUAGAAUGCCGUUAAACUAAAAUCGAUGGGGAAUGGGUCAGACAGUAAUGGGUCCUGACUUUCGUGGUUAGCAGAAUUCGAACAAAAAAAAUAGUCUUAACUGGUUUAGUUCCUGUUUUCUAAGAAAGGAAAAAAUAAGUGUGUUGUGCUUAGUAAAACUGAAAAUUACGCCCGAGGGAGCUGAAGGAAGUUGACCGUGUGUUGCAGGCCGUGAGAGGAUGCGGGUAAGGAGGUGAUUUAGUUUUAGAAUAAGGAGUACGAUGAGCUUCUCGUCUGGGACUGGAGCGGAGGUGCUGGCAGCCCCCAACGGGCUGGGCUUACGGGGGUCGCUGAGCUCCAGUGAUGAGGAGAGUAGCACUGAGCUAGAGCCCCCAAAACAUGAGAGGGCAACUAGCUUGGCACCUGGAAUGAUGGCAGGGUCCCCCAGUGACACAGUGGACUGUGGGGGCAAGCUCGAAACCUGUAGAGAUGCACAAGUGGAGACAGUGGCUGUACACAUGUGUACUGUUGUUGAGCCUGCCAAAAUGGUACAUCAGGGAAACGCACCACACAUCACCUCUGCAGAAAUGCAUGAGGCCGACCCCCCUGCAGGAAUGCUGCAUGUUGCAGCUGAUGGACAUGAGGCCUGCCUUCAGGAGGAGGUGCUGAGUGGAGAAGCAGGGGAGGAGCACCCUGCAGCCACCACUGUGGUCACUUCACCAAAGGGAAAAACUCAACUGCCCUCUCACACACGCCCAAAGGGGCAGGAGGGUGAUCCCACGUCCCCCCAGAACCAGGAGGCCCCUAGACCCACACACGUAAUGGCGCAGGUGCACGUGAGGCCUGGCCCAGAGCAGGAGAGGGUCGCACGCGGCAUGCAAGACAGCAAGAGCUUGGAUGAGAUCAGCAGAGCUUACGGCGAGCCGUGCAGCAGGGGUGGGCAUCCUGAGGGACGCAGGGCCACCAUCUCCAGCGCCCUGGAGCUGGAGGGCACCGUCAGCCAUGACGGGAACCUGACACAUUUCAUCGCCAGUAAUCUGGAGCACAAGAUCAAGAUGAGCCACAAAUUUGGGCCGGACUCUGACUCUCACUGCACAGUGCAGAACCCGUAUCCAUCUGAGCAUGCCGCACCGCCUCGUGGCUGCCUGCGACCUCCCCCAGACAUCCCACCCAUUGACCCAAACGUACUGCUGGACCUGCAGAGGCAAACGCAGGCAGUGGCCCAGAGCUUAGACCUAAUGAUGCGUGGACUGAGUGGAACCGUCCAGAACAUGACUGCGCUGAGCGUGGGCUACAUCCAGACCUACAGGGACUCGGUAGACAGCGUCGGAGAGUCUGUGGACAUGAGUAUAAAGGGCAUGUAUACACUGAUGGCACGAUGCGAAGAGCUCGACCGCUCCAUGCAGCCCAUUCACCAGCUGGCCAAGCAGAUCCGUGACAUCAAGACCAUGCUGGACAACCUGGAAGCACUUUGCAAGUGACCGGGCUGAGCCACGCAGCAGGUGUCUGCACUGUGUGUGUGUGUGUGUGUGUGUAAGUAAGAGAGCGUGUUCUUACUAUCUUUGUGCCUGUAUGUACAGCAAGAGUUUGGGCUCAGUUUGCAUCAGCGUUUGUUGCCGUGGAAGGGCUUAGCGCCCUUGUGCGUGUGCUGCAUUGAAAACGUGCACGUGAUUGGCCCAGCAGAGACUGAGAGGAGCUGUUCGUCCAAUCCCUGGUGGCCUCCAGGCACCGUGCCAGGCAUAAAUCCCUCUGAUUCCCAUUCCCGCCUCCAGCAUGCCCAUGUGAUGCUGAGAUCGGUCCUUCCCACCGAGCGUGACGGGUCUCCAUCCGAGAAGCAUGGUAACCUGGGCUGACCUCAGAGGCCAAAGGGCUUUUCCUGCACUCCUCUAUAACCUGUAAAUGUAUUAUAUUUGUAUAUAAAAUUCCCGUAAUUUUUAAUUUAUUAAAAUUAUGUUUCAAUUAUAUACUUUAAAAUAAUUUUUUUUUAAGGAUCUCUUGUUUCUAUUUUAGGAUCAAAGUUGUGUGGCUAUUCUACCGUUUUAUUCAGGAGUAAAGCACAGAGACUACUGACGACAUAACUCAUAUUUAAACAAUAUAACAUAAUUGUUGGCACUGACAAUAGGGGUGGUAUAGAGGUGAGUGUCUCUGCACUGGAGCUCUGGGCAAUGACAUACGGGAGUGGAACGUAGAUGCUUUGCUUGCAUAUAUUGGUAACGGCAGACAUGCAAAAUGGUACAAUGAACUUAACCUACUGAAACGCAUGAGGGGUGGUUUGUAAUUCGGGAGGUUAGAGGUCCGAGCCUGUAUCUGGUGGGUCAUGGGUUUGAAUCCCGUGAAUAGCAGAGUAAUUAUUACUCUUUGGUGGACAAGACCCUCAGCCCCAGUUACUCUAGAGGUGCUGGAUGCUGGUGCUGUGACUCAUAACCCUGCUCUCAUCUGUAUAUUUUCCUCUGGGAUUAAUAAAGUUUAUCUUGUAUACAA